UUUCAGUUUGAAGGGAGGAAGAAGGAACGAAGCAGGAAGGAGAAGAGAGAGAAAGAAGGAGAUGAAAUGAAGAGUCUAAAGAGUUAUCUGCACCAGAGGCAGCCAACAAACAUGGAGAGGAAAUGGAUCUUUCCCUUGGCGAUAGGUUCAUUGGUUUCUCUCUUCCUUCUCUUUCUCACAACCCUCACCUCUCCAUACGGUACUCUCUUCUUCCCUCUCAACGGCUCCGUUACCCUCUCCCGUGGCGUCUUCGUCGAAUCCAAGCUUCGCCCUGUCCCCGUGUCUUCCCUGCCUCCACCCCCUCGCCUGGCUUAUCUCAUCUCCGGCUCCGCUGGCGAUGGUUUGAUGCUCAAGCGUACUCUCCUUGCCCUCUACCACCCGCUCAACCGCUACAUUGUCCAUCUCGACCUCGAGUCCACUCCCAAGGAACGCAUUGAUCUCCUCGAUUACAUCAGGACACACCAGAUCUUCGCCUCCGUGGGUAACGUUCGAAUGAUCACCAAGGCCAAUCUCGUCACCUAUAAGGGUCCUACCAUGGUCGCCAACACGCUCCACGCCGCUGCCAUCUUGUUGAAGGAGGGUGGAGAUUGGGACUGGUUCAUCAAUCUCAGUGCCUCCGAUUACCCCCUCGUUACUCAAGAUGAUCUGUUGCACACGUUUUCGUAUUUGCCCCGGGAUCUCAACUUCAUGGAUCAUACCAGCAACAUUGGAUGGAAGGAGUUUCAGCGGGCAAAACCAAUUAUUAUAGAUCCGGGGUUGUAUAUGACCCAGAAAUCUGAUGUUUUCUGGGUUUCCCAGAGGCGAAGCGUUCCCAACGCCUUUAAACUCUUCACAGGUUCUGCCUGGAUGGCGCUCUCUCGCCCUUUUAUUGACUACUGCAUAUGGGGUUGGGACAACCUUCCUCGCACUGUUCUAAUGUACUACUCAAAUUUCAUUUCCUCCCCUGAAGGGUACUUCCAUACUGUCAUCUGUAAUGCUCGGGAGUUCCGAAAUACUACUGUCAACAGCGACCUGCAUUUCAUAUCAUGGGAUAACCCACCCAAGCAACACCCCCACCAGCUUAACCUCAAUGACAUGACGAAGAUGAUUGACAGCAAUGCUCCAUUUGCAAGGAAGUUCCGCAGAGAUGAUCCAGUACUGGACAAAAUAGAUGCUGAACUUUUGUUCCGAGGGCCUGGCAUGGUUGUUCCAGGUGGGUGGUGCAUUGGGAGCAGGAAAAACGGGACAGACCCUUGUUUGGUGAUGAGUAAUACCACAGUCCUUACGCCAGGUCCAGGUGCGAGAAGGCUUGGAAAUCUAAUUGUCUCUCUCUUAUCAAAAGAAAAUUUCCGCCCAAGACAGUGCAAGUGAUAAAGGAGACGGUAUUGCAGCUUCUGCUGACUGGCAAAUAGUUACAUCUGGGAGAUUUAUUAUUAGCACAAGCUAGUAAAGAGCAUUUUCAUCUGGAAGAGAGUGAUGGUGGCAUAGUAGAUCUCACAGGCUCUUGGAUAGGCAGGAAUUGGUCAGAUUUGGUGGAAGCAGGAAGGAGUAUGAAGCCAAAUAUAUUCAGCAGCUGUUAUAUACAAUCAACUGGAAAAUCCUUUCAGGUCAUAAAUGGUCGAAUAUCUACAAAUAGGUCUAAUCUUCCACACUCCCAAGAAUAUCUGAAUACCUAACCCAAAACUUAAAGCAAAAUUAUGUGU